GGUGACUGAGGACGUGGUUCAUAAGCUUAUAAAUGACAAGGUGACAGUUUUACACGGCGCUCAUUGACUCUAGCUUCAAGUUUGUCUCCUGGCCCUUGUGUAUUAACUAGGCUUCAGACAUGUACGCCUGCGCCAAGUUUGUCACUGCCCCUUCUGUGCUCCGUGGAGGCUCCAGAGUACUGGCCCGGCCUGUCUCCGUGUCUAUCUUCAACAGACCUGAAGCCAGAACUGAGCAGGCAGCUCUCUUGCCUGUGAAUGAGGCGUCUUUUCUGAACGUGAGCCGUAGCUUCCAGACCAGUGCUGUUUCCAGAGACAUCGACACUGCAGCCAAGUUCAUCGGUGCUGGUGCUGCUACAGUGGGAGUCGCUGGAUCAGGAGCUGGAAUUGGGACAGUGUUCGGUAGCCUGAUCAUUGGCUACGCCAGGAAUCCAUCCCUGAAACAACAGCUUUUCUCUUAUGCCAUCUUGGGUUUUGCCCUGUCUGAGGCCAUGGGGCUUUUCUGUCUGAUGGUGGCGUUCCUUAUCCUGUUCGCCAUGUAAUUUAGACCUCUGUCCUCCUGUUUUUUGCCAUGACCGUCCAUCCAGGGAUCAGAAUCUGAAGCAGAGCUCACAAGGCCGUGGACAUGCCAUUCCAGCAAACUACUAGAAAUAUCUUGUCUGUUUCUCCCCUUCCUUCCCUCCAUGAGGUUUUUAUGUAAUUUCUCACUACAGUUUGGGACAGUCUGUCUGAAUAAAUGGGUGGGAUAACUUUA